AUGUUACUUGGAGACGGGACAGGAGGAGAAUCCAUAUACGGAGAGAAGUUCAACGAUGAAAACUUCCAGAGGGAACCUCACGAUAAGUACCACGUCGGCAUGGCUAACGCUGGACCAAACACGAACUCAUCCAAGUUCUUCAUCACCACUGAUGUUGCCGGUGAUGACUACAUUAUCGUUGGAAAAGUAAUUGACGGAUUGGAAUUUGUCUGGGAUAUGACACAAUAUGGGAUUCGAAGUGGAAAAACAGCCGAUGGAAUCAUUAUCGUGAACUGUGGACAGCUGUAA